CUUAUUCUGUAAGAUUUAUCGGAGGAAUAAGCUUAUCGUACGAAAUAGGCUCGUGCAGGCUGAUCCUAACGCGACAACGUGAAAGAUUGUUCUUUAGUAUGUAGGCUGUCACGCGAAUUUUAUAUAUUUUGCCCCGAGAGUCACAACAGAUCGAGAUAUGCUGCAGCAUAACAUUCUACAGGAUACUAUAGAUAUUAUGUUUGCGCGCUUUUUUCUUGACAAUGUUAUCCAUGUCAUUCACAUUGUUCAGAAUUUGUUAAUCUAUUUAGUUUCUUUUUAUCAUUCUGGAAAAUUUAGUAACGUACGUCACCUAUAACCGCCGUGGCAGUAGACAAGUUAAUAAAGAAUUACGCAUAUUAUAUCGAUCCGUGUAUAGUUACGUGCUUAUAGACAAACGAUCGAUUUUUCAGUGCUGCGUUAUCCUGCAUUUUGCUCUUCUGCCGCUGGAAUGUUAAUGGGCAACAAAUAUAACCGCGACGUGGUUGCACCUUGAAUCUUGCCAGACUUACUAAGUUUAUAUAGGUAAUCGGAUCAAGGUGCGCUAUGAAAGAAAAUUAAAAAUUAAACGACUCGAGCGUAUUCGACGUUGCGACUAUUUGGCAAGUUGCAUGACUUGGAUGUUAUUCUCGUAAUUACGCCACGGAAAUAACUUGUGUUCGAAGACCACGUCGAAGAUAUUCUAAAUAGCAUUGACGUUACAUGUCUGAAAUGUCGAACGCCACAUCGACCGGUCCGAUUGAUCUUUCUUCGAAUAUAAAAUACGUCCACCGUUUUAUAAACGAGCUUGUUUAUUAUUUAACGAGCCGAGAUGUUUCUUUGAAUAACUCCCGCCUCUUUGCUUCUCUUCAUUCUACUUCUCUGAACAGUCUGUAGCACAAUGAUACAACAACGUUCAAAAUCGCUUUAUUAUGCGACCGCGACCUUGAGGAAUCUCGAGUUUGCGAGUCGUUGAACUCGUUUCGAAACCGGUUGCAAUUACGCCGGAUAAAAAAUGUAAAUGAGAUAAAAAAUGAAAUUGUUCUUAAAAUCUACUCUACUACGCUCUAUAUUAAAUUAUUUUUUUUUUUUUUUUUUUUUUAGCAAGUUUUAGUUAUUUCCAACUUUUUUUUUAUUUUUGCGCUUUAGAAAUCUCUAUAAGGAUUCCAUAAUGCAGCAAAAAAGAAAAAAGAUAAUAGUAUUGUAAAAAGGGCGUUAUCGUUAAAUAGAUAUUUUUCAAAUAUGCACAGUGUACACGUUUGUUUCGUGCAUUACGUACGCAUGAUACGUAGCCAUUAGAAGCACGCACGUACUCGUAGGUGCUUACCGAAAAAAGCAGAAUUUAUCGUGUGGUUACGGUACCCCUUGCUAUUAACCGGAAUGAAAAGCAGGUGACAGAGGAAUGGCCGGUGCAUGAGUCACUAUCAUGAUUUUCGUGAUCGUUGUGAUAUGCAUAACAACGAGGGCGGAGUUAUAUUCGUAUGCAGGUUCGUUUAUUUCGUUCAAAUUAACAGAGAUCAUUUACAUAAGAGCAUCCUCGCGUUUGCUUAUUUUUGACAAAAUCGAUAUGAUUAUGAAAUUCGAUUUCAAUCAUUAUAACCCGAAUUAAAUUGAAUUUUUUCAAUCUUUAUCCUCAGACUCUCUAACUUCAGAUUCCAUAGAAAGACGGCAAAUGUACUACACAUGUAAUUUCCGAUUCGUCAUGUAGAAGCAAAAUCAGCAGUAAAAAGAGCCAGAAGAUUUGUCGAUUCGUUGCCAAAAGUUCGCUUGUCGCGUGGCAAGUGCAACGGACGCGAGAGAAAAAAGGAAAUGUGAUAUUUGCAGCCAAGAGUUCGAUAAGUGUCGAACAACAGCAAAUAUCGUUCAACGAGGACAAAACAAAAGCGUCGGGCUGGAUUUGACAGAUGUCAAAAUUUCUAGUCUUUUCACACGACAUCUUUAACGCGGUAACACUCGUGCAGCAAAAAUUAGCAAUAAACGAAGACCAUCGAUCAUCGAGCCCAGAGAAAUUAUUCACGACAUCCUAUCGAGAGACAAUGUGAGAACACGCGCGCGUACCAAUGCCAGAGAUGGAAACGCAACGAGAAUGGACGAACUUGCAAUUACUCCAGAGCCCAUUAGGAAGCGUGCCAGAAUUGGUAACAAGUGCGAUGCACAGACUGUGGUUCCGACAUCGUUUUCGAUCGCAAGAAUCUCAUCCUUACCGGUCGAAAUCAUCUUGCAAAUAUUCUCCUAUCUCUCCUGCAAGGAGCUUUACGCCGUUAGUCAAGUAUCCGUGCUCUUCAACCGGCUCGCUUACGACCCGUUUCUAUGGCGAACUUACGAGGUGACAAGCAACGAACAAGACACGGCCGAGGUGAUCAAGGAGCUGAAGAGGAUGCCGCUGCUGAAGAAGUUCAGCAUAAGCGUGAGACCAGAUUGCGACGAGAUCCUGCGGCAACUCUCGCUGACGAACAAAAACUUGGAGGAACUGCACAUUUCUAAUUGCACAGGUUCCACGUCGAAAUUGUACCUACGCUCGGGAUACCUGAUCCGCAUACUGGAGAGGUGCCGUAAUUUGCACACGAUCAAUAUACUAGGCAGCAGAUUCCGCGGCCAGAAGUUCUAUCAACUGCUGGGCGACAUGGGACCGCAGCUGAGGUCUGUCUACGCGCCAGCCACGAAAUCCCAAUUCUACACGUUCAUCAAGUUCGCGAAACAGAUCAGCGAGACCGAUCGCUUGACAAUCGCCUCCAUGUUCUACAUCAACACGAAAAGUUGGGCGCCCUUGUACUACUUUGUCACGAAAGGAGCGGAUCGGGUUUGCACGGCUCUGAUCAGCUAUCUUCACAACGACAUCCUGCUGAGCGACGCGAAUCGAUCGAUUCAUAAACUCUCUAUCACCGAGCGUAGAAACACCUGACUAACAAGAAUAGUUUUAGAUCGAAUCUAUCGUUCUGUGCCACGAAUCGUACGUUCGAGCAACGAUACACAAUGGAACGAUAAAGAUACGAUAAAGUGAGAGAACACGUACACGUGAUUUUGCGAUAUUCGGCAGCGAAUAUAAUAAGCGUCACGUCGUUGUAUCGUACAAAUACAUGUGUACCAUAAAUGUGUUCUGUUUUAUACAUUUUCUUUCACUUUAAUCGUUCUUACGAUCUAGAGCUGCAGAGUAAUCACGAGGCGAUCUAUGUGGGUCGAUCCGUACGCGAAUGCUAGCCGACACGAGUGCAAGCUUCCGUGAGCUUUAAACGGGAAAUCAAAUGGAAAGCCUGGGGCGGUAAUACGAGGUUAAUGAGUUCUGAAUGACGGGCUAGACGUUUUGUCAAUAAUAACACGACCCGCUUGAUUCCAACCAAUUUACAAAGCAAAGUAAAAAUUCAGGUGAACGCGUCACGCGAGAAAAAAAAGAGAGCUCCCUCGACGAUGCUUCUCUCGGGGAAAGAACAACUCGUCGCUAAUAAAUCUCGACAGAUCGAAUGACUGCCUGGCUGAAUGAACGACUCCCAAGCG